CAGCCAGCGGCACAUCGAAUUCGACAAGUGAGAUGGCUCGGGGAAGAGGCAGUGCAGCGGGUGCAGGGCGAGCCAUUGCCAUGGCCUUCGCCGUUGCCUGCUGCUGCAUUCUUGCCGGCUGCGGCGUCGCCGAUGCAGCAGCCACCUACUACGUCGGGGACGGCAACGGCUGGUCCUUCAGCAGCCCUAGCUGGCCCAACGGCAAGCAUUUCCACGCUGGAGACACCCUUGUGUUCAGAUACAUUCCCUGGGUGCACAACGUGGUGGCCGUCGAUGAGGACGGGUACAACGGCUGCACCACGCCGCCGGGGUCGCGGACCUACACGUCCGGCGGCGACCGCAUCAGGCUCGCCAAGGGGGAUAACUUCUUCAUCUGCACACGAUUCGGCCACUGCAACCUCGUCAUGAAGCUCGUGGUUUAUGCCGCGUGAGUGUAGCCAUGAUUAAGCACUUCGGUGUGGGCCGUGUGGCAGUUGGUUUCUCGGUUCUAGGCUAGGAGAUAGCUCUCAGUGUGAGUGUGAAUGCAACCGGAUGUGUUGGUCCCGGAGUGAAUCGUGUCAUGCUUUGAUUAUUCAUGUAACCAUUGUUGAUGACAUAUAUAUUGUGUCUGAAUA